CUUUUUCCAGUUCGUGUAAUUUAAUUUUUUUUUAAAAACUUACAAAUUUUUAAAAAUCGUUUAUUUUAGAUUCCAGAAUUAAAGGAACAGAGAGAGACCCAAUCACAAACAAAAAAAAAAAGUAACGAGAUUUAUAAGAGAGCUGAAAGAACCAAAGAUUUGGAAUUUUUUCUUUUGUUUAUACAAAUUUUUCAAACGAAUCGGAGUAUCACACACGCUCUACGAAUUUUUCCAGCUUAAUUUAUAGAUUUUAAAAAUCGUAUUUUUAUUUACUUAUUUGUUUAUUUGUUUUGGUCGAUUUCACUGUCUCUUCAUCUUUUAUAUAAAAACUUUAUAACUCCGACACAGGAGUGUCCCGUGUUCUUGAGCAUAAAGUAGCGGAACAAAGCAAAUAAGGAAAAAAAAGAACAAAGCUUCAUUGCCUUGCCUCGAGACUAAUCAGUAUCACACAAGGCAACAACCAAAAAAAUCCAGAGAGAUGAGUCUACAGUGCAUUAGAUCUAAUGUCUCUUAAAACAUUAGAUCUUGACAUUAAAUCUUGGCUUCGAGAUUCUUAUUGUCUCUCUCUGUGAUAAUCUCCGACAAGGAUCUUGUGUCCGAGUCUGAAAGAUUCAGGCUUUUUAGCUCGAAGUACUUUCCUAGAGGGCUGUGAAUCAGUUCACACUUGUGUCUCUUCAGAUUGGGAUUAGCCAAAGAGAUUGGUUGGUUUUUUUCUUUUCAGAAGUUUGUUUACUUAUCUCAUGAUCACUGGUUUAAAGCAAUGGGGUAUGUAAACGUGGAGAAGAGAUGGGUAUUUCCUCUUGUGAUCACAUCUCUUGUCUGCGUUUUUCUCCUUGCAACAUCUUUCAACAUGGGACUAGUCUCUUCCCUACGAACAAUCAACGGGUUUUUCUCCAUCAUCCCUUCUCGUCUCGCCAAGAAUCAAACGAGGUUUGACUUUGCAGAGUCCAAAGUCGCUAGACAAACACGUGUUCCUCCUCACGAAGACAAGCUUCCCCGUUUUGCUUACCUUGUUUCCGGGUCUAAAGGUGAUGUAGAGAAACUUUGGAGAACACUUAGAGCUGUGUACCAUCCGAGGAACCAGUAUGUUGUUCAUCUUGAUCUUGAAUCACCCGUGGAUGAGAGAUUAGAGCUGGCUUCUCGGAUUAAUAAGGAUCCUAUGUAUUCCGAAACCGGGAAUGUAUAUAUGAUAACCAAGGCUAAUCUUGUCACAUAUAAAGGACCAACAAUGGUGGCUAAUACUCUUCACGCUUGUGCUGUUCUUCUUAAGAGAAGUGCCAACUGGGAUUGGUUUAUUAAUCUCAGUGCUUCAGAUUAUCCUCUGGUGACUCAAGAUGAUCUGCUUCAUACGUUUUCGACAUUGGACCGGAACCUUAACUUUAUCGAACACACAAGUCAACUGGGUUGGAAAGAGGAGAAGCGAGCUCAGCCAUUAAUGAUUGAUCCUGGACUCUACUUGUUGAACAAAUCAGAUAUUUACUGGGUCACACCUCGCCGAAAUUUGCCAACUGCCUUUAAGUUAUUCACUGGAUCAGCUUGGAUGGCUCUAUCACGCCCGUUUGUAGAGUAUUGCAUAUGGGGAUGGGACAAUUUACCACGAACACUCCUAAUGUAUUACACCAACUUCGUUUCAUCACCCGAAGGUUACUUCCAGACAGUGAUUUGCAACGUGCCAGAGUUUGCAAAAACCGCAAUAAACCAUGACCUCCACUACAUCUCCUGGGACACUCCGCCACAGCAGCACCCACACGUGUUGUCACUCAACGACACAGUGCCGAUGAUAUCGAGCGGUGCUGCAUUUGCUAGGAAAUUCAAAAGAGACGACGAAGUACUUGACAAGAUAGACAAGGAAUUACUUAGACGGAGGAAUGAUAAAGAUAGUUUUGCUCCUGGUGGGUGGUGCAGUGGGAAACCAAAAUGCUCCAUGGUCGGUGAUGUGGCUAAGAUUGAGCCUAGCGCUGGAGCUCAGAGACUUCAGGGACUUGUGGACAGGUUAGUUAACGAAGCCAAAACUGGAGAUAGUCAGUGUAAAUAGAUCGAAUUCGAAGGAAAAAAGGAAUCAUUUUGAGCUGUGAAUUCAAAUUCAGGGAGAGUGAGACUGUCCUUAACGAUAUAUAUAUAUUUAUAUUAUACAUAUAGAGAAUCUUGCAGUUGCAGGCUUUAGAAAAGACACUAUUGUUAGACAUUGUUUUCAUCAAGUAGAUGCCUUGUAUUCCACGUCACCUACUGUUCUCAUAUUGGGAUUAGUUCUUUCUUGUUUGAA